AGCAACUGCUCAACGCCCUCGACCACAGCAACCAUGGAGAACGGCGGCAUCUCGCAAGCCGAGGGCAAGGACCCCUCCAGCUUCCUCAGCGACAUUAUCGGCAACUCUGUCGUCGUCAAGCUCAACUCGGGCGUCGUCUACAAGGGAGAACUGCAGUCCGUAGACGGAUACAUGAAUAUUGCGCUGGAAAAGACGGCGGAAUAUGUCAACGGCGUCAAGCGGAGGGAGUAUGGAGAUACCUUUGUGCGAGGCAACAACGUCAUGUAUAUCUCAGCAGACUCAUAAUUACGAGGAGGAUAAUUGCAACGCAUUCAAAACUACUUAAUACUCAUGUCUCCUUUUGCUAUAUGAAUAUGAUAUACGAUGAUUCUAUGGAUACACAGAGAUAUCCUGCUC